CCCGCGGAACCAAUCCCUCGCGGGAGGGCGAGCGCUUUCCGCGGCCGGGCGCUGCCCAUUGGCUUUACCCGCUCCGCGGGGGCGGGCCGCACGCCUUCGCGUCCCCUUUGGGGGUUGUGCAACCCCCCAGGGAGCCAACCGCGACACCCCGGGGAGCCGGGGAGGCUUGUCCUCGGGGGCUGCACCCCGCUCGCCGGGCCGGGGGGCUGCCCGGCGCUCUUGUCGCUCAUUGGCUUUGUGAGUCCAUGGGGUGGGACUUGGCUGGGCCCGAACGCCAUCCGCGGUCCCUGGCCGGUUUCGGCGCAAAGCUGCCAUGCGUCCCGGGGGCCGCGGGCGGCCCCGGCCCCGGCUCGGGGAGCGCGGCCUGAUGGAGCCCAGCUCGCCGCUCAAGCGCCGCCUGCUCCCGCGGGCGCAGCUGCUGCCGGUGCUGCUGCUGGCGCUGGCCGUGGGCUCGGCGCUCUACACGCUGUGGGGCAGCUGGCACCGCAGGACCGAGGAGCUGCCGCGGACACCGCUGGCCGGAAGUCUCCCGGAAGCCCGGCUGCGCAGGGUGGUGGGGCAGCUGGACCUGCAGCGCCUCUGGGGCACUUUCCUGCGACCACUGCUUGUUGUGCGAGCCCCGGGCACGCCGGGCAGUCUCCAAGUCAGAAAGUCCCGCUCCACCCUCCCCCUGCUCUGUCGCCACAGUUCCUGGAGGCCACGCUGCGGACCCUGGCAGCCGGCUGGCACGUGGAGCUGGACCCCUUCACAGCCUCGACGCCCCUGGGGCCCCUGGACUUCGGCAACGUGGUGGCCACGCUGGACCCAGGCGCUGCCCGGCACCUCACCCUUGCCUGCCAUUACGACUCAAAGUUCUUCCCCUCGGGGUCCGCCCCCUUCGUGGGGGCCACGGAUUCGGCUGUGCCCUGUGCCUUGCUGCUGGAGCUGGCCCAGGCCCUGGAUCUGGAGCUGAGGGAGGCCAAGGAGCAGGCAGCCCCGGUGACCCUGCAGCUGCUCUUCCUGGACGGCGAGGAGGCGCUGAAGGAGUGGGGACCCAAGGGACUCCCUCUACGGCUCCCGGCACCUGGCCAAGCUCAUGGAGUCCAUGCCGCACAGUCCCGGCCCCACCAGGAUCCAGGCUAUCGAGCUCUUUGUGCUUCUUGACCUGCUGGGAGCCCCCAACCCCACCUUCUACAGCCACUUCCCCCGCACCAUCCGCUGGUUCCAUCGCUGAGGA